AUGGAGAUUGUUGAAGAAUUUUUGCAUAUUACUGUAGAUGCAGAGAGCUUGUCUGAGGCAAACAAGAUUAGCUCUGUCAAGUCGAUGGAGGUCAGAGGAAACAUUAAACGUCAUCACCAACCCCCAACAUCAUCUGCUGUUGUUGGCAACGUAGAAGGAAAUGCAAGUUUUCCAAGCAUAUUUGCGAGCAAAUUGACAGAAUUCUUCGAACACAAGGGUUGGAAAGACCAUGUUUUGUUGGAACCACAUUGCUUGGCAAUUCACGCUGGUCAAGCUAUACCAACUCCUACUUCGGGUUGUAGGCUACACCACGAGAACAUCAAUGCACGUGCCAAUGAAGGUGACUCAGAGGAGAAUCAAGCUUUGGAUGCACACAUAUGCAAAAUUCAUAUGCAAACAUAUGUGUAA